AUGGAGGGCACACUUGAUGCCAUAAUGUGUCGUGCGUUUAUUGUCACCUUUAAGGGUAACGCUAGAGCGUGGUACCAAACCCUUAAGCCUGGAUCGAUCAACUCUUUCUCUGAGAUGGAGCAGCAAUUCACUAGCCAUUUCAUUAGUAGUCGAAGGAUCUCCAAAACCAUGUCCCAUCUGAUGAGUCUAGUUCAAGGAGAACGGGAGACACUAAAGAAGUCUAUACACCGCUUCGUCAUAGCAACCAUAGAGAUUCGCAACCUAGAUCAUGGGGUGACACUGGCGGCCCUAACCACGGCCCUCCAACCCGAUGCCUUCCUAUACUCAUUAGGGAAGAAACCACCAGCCGACGUGGGAGAGCUUAUGGCUAGGGCACACAAAUACAUCAACUUACAGGAGGUAAUGGAUACGAGGAGAGACCGAGCCGAAUUGAAAAGAAAGGGGGCUAGAGAUAUCAGCGAAUCCUCCAAGGCUGAGAAAAGACAGGAGAGUAGCAAACCACAAAGCGUCUCCAGGGGAUCAUGA